UGAUUGUGUAUAUAUUCAUGAACAAAACAUUGUGGGUUUGUUAUACAAUACUUUGAGUUUUCUUAGGUUCCACAAAAGGAUCCACUCUCUUUAAAAGGAACCGAAAGCUCGAAGGAAGAAUACAUUUUAGCACCAUCCAGUCUGCGAGAGAUUUUCAUAACGUUUGGACAUCAUACACGUGCGUGAAAAUAUUUUUCUUUUUCUGGAAAAUUCAAAUGACAAAAAAAAAAAAAUAAAUUUAUUGUGUCUUCUGGUUAUAUAAAGAAAUGAAAUUCAUAAAAAUAUAUAUUCCUAAAUUGCAUAUAUUGAUAGUUCAGAAGUGAUUCAUUAGAAAAAGAAUUCCCUUGAAGCUAUAAACCAACCCAUUUAAAGGUAUCUCUCUAUGUUACCACCAAAAUUUUUACUGGAAAAUAUUCGUUUAUAAAUUUCAACUGUUAGGAACGGGUUUCCAUUUAAAGUUUUUUUUUUAAUUUUCAAAACCAGAGGAAUUUUGAGGUCUCUAUCUCAUUUCCUUAAAAAAAUUUUUAUCCUGAAAAAUAUCUAUCAGGAUAUAACCCCCCGUAAAAAUAUAUAUAAGAAAAGCCAUAAAGUGUUUUCGGUUUAGUUAAAAAAAAAAAUAUGUAUCUUCAUUAAAGUGACAAAAAAAGAAACAAGUUAAUAUAACUGUUUACCAGUAUUAUAAUCACAGCAAUCGUUUUCAUGUAUAUUUGGAUUACACCGUAGAAUUGAAAUAACAGAUAAAAAUACUAUAGUAAAUAUUAUACAUAUAUACCUACCAGAAGGAAAACGAAAGAAAAGACAUCAUGGAAAAUCAGUAGAAAAACACGAAAAUAAAAAUAACAAGGAUACAAUGUCGCCUGGGAGAAAAGCACAACGGAAUUAAUAGUAGCAUAUCCCCGAAGUUCGAGAAAAAGCAAUUAUUGUUACACGAUGACAGCUAAACAGAUUUGGACACCACCACGGCAUGUCGAGGCAAAAUUGAAUUUACAAUCAGAAAAUCGACCUCGAGUUGCAGUCAGACUCGGGGCUGACAAUGAGAAUACCAUCAGUGCUGACUAAAAAGGCCAUUUUUAAAUCAAUUCGAUAAGCAACAGGAAUACACUACCUACAACUUUGUUGUAGAAACUUCUAUAUCAGCAGUUUGCAGUGUUGGGCUAUAUAUAUAUAGUUAGGGAAAAGGUGGCAUUUAACAGAGCAACCAAUCUAGAGCAACAAAGUGUUAUCAUCCUAUACAUAUAGACGCCACCAGCGCCUUUCUAAAUGAAGUUACCAAUCUGUCAAUAUUCUAAAUUAUUUCUGCUGUUGACAGCCUUUUCCUUCCUUGACUUCCUUAGAGCUGACCUGACUACGGUUAAUUCUGUGCAGGAUAUUUCACCAUCUUUGGCUUCGUUGUUGUUGUCGUCGUCGUCAUCGGUGUCGUCCCUGGUACCAUCAACUAUUGAAAACAAGUCUCAGCAAUUGGAAACUGCCACUACUCCGAAUAGCAGACACGAAUACGAACAGAAACAGGAGCAACAGCAACAGCAGAAUAUCCGGACUUCGUCGUCGUUGUUGCCGAAUCGUGUGGGUAUACUGAUGUCAUCGAGGGUUCUCAAUACAAUGAAAAUGCAACAAGGCUUUGAGAACUUUGUGGAAUUUUUCAAAGUAAAUCUUGAUAAUGCCACUGUGGAGUUUAUUAAGGACGAUGGAUUAAGUGCAUUCAUUAAGCAGCUAGAGGGUAAAAACUAUACGACUAUCGUUAAAACCCUUAAUAGUGAUGGUAUUAACGAAGAGUAUGAAGAAAACGACAAUAUGCAAAAACAAAAAAGUCGAAGUGAUGAAAAUGACGCUAACGAGAAAAAUCGCCUUCGUAAUGCUGUGGGUUAUUGCCAUUUGAUGGAAGGUUUAUCGAAGGAUUUUAAUAAGACAGUGCUUUUGUGGCCGUGUCCAAGAAUAAAGGAGUCAAAUAACUUUUUACCAUCAUUUGAAGCAAUAUCCUUUGCGGUAAAAAGUGUGGCCGCCAAACUUAAUUGGACACAAGUGGACAUCUUUGUCGGAGAUAAUAAUUGGGGACUUCCACUUACUAUAGCUGCUAAUCUACAUAUACCUUACAGAAUAAAAAUAGGCGAAAGUGCUGGCGAAGACUUGACAGCAAAUGAUGUAGCUGGAAAAGCUAUCAUCAUCACAGCUGAUAUGAAUGAUGCUUCCACUCUUCGAAUACUCUCACGCCUUGAAGCACUUAACCACACCAAAGUUCUUUUGAUCGAUAUUAUAGCAACAUCUUUCAAUGCUGGAAAUAAAUUCUAUAAGAACUUGUCAUUAAUGAAAUCCACCUCAAGACUGAUGUCCAAUUUACUCCUUCUCACCGUGCUUAGUGAUAAGUAUCGUCAUUUUUUAAACGUUGCAUUUGAUGACAAUCGCAUUGGAACAGUUCAAAGUUUUCAUCAAAUGCGUCGUUGGCAACAACAAGCUCCUACCGUUAAAACUGAGUCAAAUAUUCUGCCACAAAAUGUCGACUGGCCAAUGCGUUUGGAUCGCUCUGUUGAGCUGGAGCAAGUCGACCUGCCAUUCGAAUGUAAAAAUACGUCGUUUCCAGUGCAAAAAACCAAAGAAGUCUGCAGCGACAUUGAAUCAUUCGUGCAACAGUGUGGUGUUGAAAAUAAAACACAAUCAACAGAACAAAUAAAAGAAUUAUGCAAUUCCACGACUGUUCAAUAUCCAGGAAUAGCAGCUAGAAUAGCAAUUCUAAGAAAUUUCAUAGACUUUUUUCAUUUUUAUGAUUUCAUUAUUGCAAAUGCAGCCCGAAGAUCAACGGUAGGCAGCAAUUUGCAACUACCGAAAUAUGACUUCCUUGUUUUAGAUAUUGUCCGAAGUACUGGAAACAAGACUGCUAGUCCAUAUGAAUUCAAAUGGAGACCGAUGUUGAUUUUGGAACAGCAUGAAAUUAAUCUGACAACUUUUAUAACACAUUCAAUAUUACCAGGAUAUAAUGAUUGGCUUUCGGAAAGGACGUCACAGUUAUGGCAGUGUGGAACGUUGUGUUGGACUGUUGUGGGUGUAUGUUUGGCAUUUCUUUUGUGCAUUAUUAUGGCGAGUGUUGCUGCUGGAAUCACACUGAGAAAUUAUUUUCUCCGGAAAAGACUUUCGAAAGGACCAAAUAAAAUUGUCCUGUCGGCAAGUGAUUUUGUGUUUCCGGUCGAUUCGAGGAGAGUAGAUGAGGGUAUAGAAGCAAUGUUAUGUUGCUGGUUGCAACAACUUCAAGAGUUCGGUGGACCCGAAGUCGAUAAACCAGAUUUACUCAAGGGAUCUAUUGGGUCUUUGAAAAACUUUGGUCUCGCAUUAGCUGGAGGAGCAGGUGGAACAGGAGCAGGAGGUGGUGGAGGUAGUCUUGGUGGAGGAGGUGGUGCAAAUACGACAUCUGUAAGUGGUGGAGCAAAAAACACAUCUGGUUCUGGCAGUUUGGCACGACACAAUCCUGGACUUUUAGAUAUGAGAGCAAGAUAUAAUGGGGACCUUGUGCAACUUAAAGAAAUAACUAUGAAUGGCUCAUCUGAGUUGAAAUCGAAAGCAAUGGAUCUGAUGGUUAUGGAACAUGGUUUGAGACAUGAAAAUGUAAAUCCAUUGAUAGGUUGGUUAAGCGAUCCCAACCGUAACGCCAUGGUAUUUGACUACUGUUCAAGAGGCAGUUUGCAGGAUGUUUUAAUAAUGGAUGAAAUAAAACUAGAUUGGUCCUUUCGCCUUAGCCUGCUGACCGAUUUAGUACGUGGCAUGCGAUACCUUCAUUCCACACCACUACGAUUCCAUGGUAAUUUGACAUCCCGCAACUGUGUGGUAGAUGCACGUUGGGUUCUAAAAAUAACCGACUAUGGAAUUUCAUCAUUCUACGAAGCCCAAGGAAUAACACCCUCAAACAAAACCCCCAAAGAACUAUUAUGGACAGCUCCAGAGCUUUUGCGCAAUUUAAAAGGACAUAACCGAGGUGGCACCCAAAUGGGUGAUGUAUACUCUUUUGGAAUAAUAAUGCAGGAAGUUGUGGUUCGUGGGGAACCGUAUUGCAUGCUGUCACUGUCGCCGGAGGAAAUCAUAGCAAAAAUUAAAAAACCACCUCCACUGAUACGGCCGUCCGUUUCAAAGGGUGCUGCACCACCAGAAGCGAUUAACAUCAUGCGUCAGUGUUGGGCGGAAACUCCUGACAUGAGACCGGAUUUUAACUCGGUGUAUGAACGUUUCAAGAUGCUUAACCAUGGCAGGAAGGUGAACUUUGUUGACACAAUGUUUCAAAUGUUAGAGAAAUAUUCCAACAAUCUGGAGGAAUUAAUUAGAGAACGCACAGACCAGUUGGAUAUUGAAAGGAAAAAGACUGAACAGCUCCUAAAUCGUAUGCUUCCCAGUUCCGUUGCUGAGAAGCUCAAAAUGGGUCUCGGAGUGGAUCCUGAGGAAUUUUCCGAUGUAACGAUAUAUUUUAGUGACAUUGUUGGUUUUACAACAAUUGCUGCCCAUUGCAGUCCAGUACAAGUUGUCGAUCUACUUAAUGAUUUAUAUACAAUAUUCGAUGCAACAAUUAAUGCUUAUAAUGUUUAUAAGGUGGAAACAAUAGGCGAUGCAUAUAUGGUUGUUAGUGGACUUCCAGUUCGAAUUCCUGAUCAUGCUGAACAAAUUGCCACUAUGGCAUUAGAUUUGUUGCAUCAAAGUGGAAGAUUCAGUGUCAAACAUUUACCUGGAGUUCCAUUACAAUUACGAAUUGGAUUACACACAGGUCCUUGUUGUGCGGGUGUUGUUGGCCUAACUAUGCCAAGGUAUUGCCUUUUUGGUGAUACCGUUAAUACUGCAUCAAGAAUGGAAUCAACAGGCUCAUCUUGGAGAAUUCACAUGUCUCAAGAAACCAGAGAUCGUCUUGAAGCAACUAAUAACUAUCAAAUAGAACCAAGAGGCUUAAUAGAAAUUAAAGGAAAAGGUCUAAUGAACACAUUUUGGCUACUGGGGAAAAAAGGAUUCGAUAAAACAUUACCAGUUCCUCCGCCAAUUGGUCUUGAUGAAUUCUUUAUUCGAAAUUCGAUAUCGUUUAAAGGCAUGGCCACAAAAUCACGCAACAGUACAAAUCCCUCCUCAAGUCAAUCCUCUUUGCUAGCUGGUGAAGCUGUAGAAGUUAAAGUGGAAAUAACUCCACCCUCAAAUGCCGACUCUAGUGCAUAUAUGGCAAAUUCUUAUUCAUUAGAUUCGAAUUCAACCAACACAAUUGGAGCAAAUAUGUCUCUAAUGACCGAAUUCCCUAUUAAAACGCCUAGUCCGAGCACAUGUUCUCGAAAAAUUAACGAUAUCCAACCCGAUCAAUUAUUGAACCCACAAAACUUUAAUAGACUACCAGGAUCUUCGGGAGGAUCUUCAUCACGUUUGUAUAAAAAGAUCGAAGAAAUGAUCGAUUUAAGUUCACCUUACAAUCAUUACAAAUGCUUAAGUCCUAGCGAAAGCAAUUUGACACAAUUCUACGAUGGCAAAUAUAUGUAUAGUUGUACAAAAUUUGAUAGUAAACCAGGAUCAAGUCGACUUCUACGACGUCAAUUUAGCUUGGAUCGUGAUGAUGGUACUCAAACUGCUGUCUCAUUACCACUGUCCACAACGACAACAGCGACGACAGUGAUUGGAAAACAAGCAACAAUGUUAGAAAUUCCAACAUUACAAGAAAAUCGCUGUAGUCCGAAAUGUACGCUGCCUCGAGUGCAUAAACUUAGUUCAACGUCAAUAGCCCAGGAUCUCGAAAAGAUAGAAGAGAUUCCAUUAUCUCCAGCCUCAUCACAGCAUCAUAGCAGUUUAGAUAGCAAUAUGAAUCGAAGCCCUCCACUUUUUGAAGAAAAUACAAGAAUGCCAAGAACACCGAAUCGUGUUAUUGAAAAUAAUGUUAGGAAACAACAAGAAGUUACUCUAACUGUUGAAACCUUUAUGACUAGAUAGGAAACAAUUUAAAUAGUUAUUUUCUAA